GGGAGGGUGUGAGUGACACCGAUUUAAUCCCUCAAACGUCGUUGCUAGUCGAUUCAACAGAUGCAAACAACGUUCACUUUACGGUACCUGAUAUGAUCGACACUAUACAGGCAUAUGUCAACCUAAAUGAUAAAAUGCGGAUGACAUUAGCUGUAAAAACUGCGGAUAUUAAAUCGUUCAGGAUCUAGCUAGCCAGAGUAACGUUAACAGCUGUGUUGUUAUCGUUAGUUUACGUCGCAGUACCGAGGAGUGGCUAGCUGGCUAGUUUGCCAGCUGGUGAUGGUGAAACAGGAGGAGCGGUGUGAAUGUAAUACAUUGAUCAUUAGCUAGCUGGCUAGAUUAUUACAUUAGCUAGUCGUUCGCUAUCAACUGUUCUGUUGUUGUGAAUGAUAAAUUACAACUGAGUUCUCUAGUCUAGUUAGUUAGCUGGGUCGGUUUGCCAUUCAUUGCUAUUAUUGUCAUCCAACGUGUCAAUAAGUGCAUUUUGGUCGUUUUGAUCGACAUACACUUGCUCAGCUAGCACAGCUAUUGUUGACAAAUCGCAAGGAAAUGGUUUUGAGGAGCUGUUGUAAAUUUGGCCCAGUUUUAGUCUGGUUCCGACUUGGUUAUGUGGCCCUGUUGUGGUUAUGUGUGACCCACUUGCGGUGCGCACGGGCAGAAACUAAAACGGUGGUCCAAAAAGAUGCAGAAUUUGAUGUUACCUACAACGAUACGGUUACGAGUGACAACCAAACCAUCUACGCCUUCAAUCACACCGUCUCCCGAAACAAGGUGAGUAAAUAGUUCAGGUCACAAAUCCCACUUUGUUCUUCGAUCCUGCUUGUGCACAGACGGUAUGGCGUUUGUUGCUGCCUAUUGCUAACACACCUGUUUCAACUAAUCAUGUUAGUACUGGGCUGGAAUUAAACCUGCGCAUUCGGUCCCCAGUACUAGGAUUGAAGAACACUGAACUACUGUCUUGUUAUGAGCAGCUUAAUUUGGUUUUAUAGUAAAUUAGGAUUGCAAAAAGUUAUCAAUACAAAAUUUGAGUGUGCAGGUGUAUGUACUGUAUGUCGUUUUACUUAGAUACAGUGAGUUUCUCUAACCCUCUCCCCCUCUCUCUCCCUGCCCUGGUAGACGGAGGGGGUCCGUGUGACUGUGGACGUACUGUCGGAGGGGGCAGAGAGCAGUCCCAUCCUGUUUGUGGUCAGACAGAAGCAGGCCGUGCUGUCCUUCCAGGUCCCCCUCAUACUGCGUGGACUGUGAGUAGCCUACCCUGCUGGCACACCUGGAGCGCGUUCAGUAGUGCACAAUGUUGUGGAACGUUCAGACAGAAGCAAUAUGUUAUGUAGAACAAACAUGCAUCUCUGACAUGUAGAAUAAGGACUCCAGUCGGCUCUAUACAGGACAUUUCUAUCUGCAACGUUCCACAAUGUUGUGCCCUACUGAACGCAGCCCUGGCACAUCCUGGUCCUGUCCCUGUAUUAUGUCACCACACCAUUUUAUUAUGUCAAUAUAUAUUAAUAUGCACCUGGGCAUAUUAAUCUAGAGUGGAGGGGAAGCGUGAUACGUGGUUAUGCUUUGGUAUUAAAUUGUUCAGUCAAAGAAAACAACAGCAACCAACAGGCCAUACAGUUGUGUAGCCUAGUUCUAGAUGUUGUAGAGGUUUUGUUUCUCCUUGGGUGUGUUUUUGCUAUGCUUCUCUUCAUUAUGUAGGCUAGAUUUAUUGACUUAGUCACGGGUUGAAGAUACAAUGAGCUCCAAAAGUAUUGGGACAGUGACACAUUUUUUGUUUGUUUUGGCUCUGUACUCCAGCACUUUGGAUUUGAAAUGAUACAUGAAGUGCAGACUGUCAGCUUUAAUUUGAGGGUAUUUUCAUCCAUAUCAGGUGAACAGUUUGACAGCACUUUUUGUACAUAGCCCCCCCAUUUUAGGGGACCAAAAGUAUUGGGACAAAUUCACUUAUUCAGUAUUCAUUCAGGAUUAUUCGUAAUCAUGGUAGCAUUCACAUUAAUGUAGAAGUGUUUAGAAACAUAUUAUAUUCUUAAAAGUGACUUCAAAAUGACACUACAUUAUUUACCAUUCAUUUCUAUUGGGCACAAAAUAAUCUGCAACACAAACAGCAAAUGCAUCCAACAAGUUUGUAGAGUCACAAGCUUGAUGUAAUCAUUGUGUGCUAUGAAUAUGAGAACAAAUACUACAGUUUUGACUACUUUAAUACAUUAGUGAAUUUGUCCCAAUACUUUUGGUCCCCUAAAAUGGGGGGACUAUGUACAAAAAGUGCUGUAAUUUCUAAACGGUUCACCCAAUAUGGAUGAAAAUAUUAAAGCUGACAGUCUGCGCUUUAAACACAUAGUCAUUGUAUCAUUUCCAAAGUGCUGGAGUACUGAGCCAAAACAAAACAAAUGUGUCACUGUCCCAAUACUUUUGGAGAUCACUGUAUUAUAAACAGUACAGAGAGAUGUGCAGUAGAAGUACUGAAUGUGUUAACUGAAGAGAGUGAUGGCAGGGCAAUAAGACAUGCAAAGAAAAAUAAAACCGCAAAUCCUCUAUCUGGCGGUUAGGAGUGUUGGGCCAGUAACCGAAAGGUUGCUGUUCGAAUCCCCGAGCCGACAAGGUAAAAUCUGUAAUUCUGCCCUUGAGCAAGGCAAUUAACCCUAAUUGCUCCAGGGUUGCCGUCAAUAAUGGCUGAUCCCUGGCCGUGACGCCACUCUCCGAGGGUGGGAUAUGCAAAAAACACAUUACCAAUUCACACCUGUACAGGUUACCCACUUGAACAUACAGUGAAACAGGACUAUAUAAGCACUCCCUAAUUAUUAUAUAAUAUAAGUGUUUAGCCUGCAUGCAGAACCUACCUGUUGGAUCAGUGUAUAAUUUGUUUUAUUAUACAGUAGGCAAGGGUUUCCCAAACUCGGUCCUCAUGACCCCAAGGGGUGCACAUUUUGGUUUUUGAUCAUUUGAAUCAGCUGUGUAGUGUUAGGGCAAAAACCAAAACGUGCACCCCUUGGGGUCCCGAGGACCGAGUUUGGGAAACGCUACAGUAGCCUGUCUUUCAUGGCUUAACAUAAUCCAUGGACUUGCGCAAUACCAGAACACCUGUGUCAGGUGGUAACGCCAUCUAGUUGAGAGUGAGUCAUUGUUGAACCUUGAGCUUUCACUUCCACAUAAACAUAAAGCAUAGGCCUAAUUUCCUAUAGACACAAGCCAUAAUCAUAAAUAAAUAAAUUACAGUACUAGCUAGGUUGUUGUGGUUUGGGAAGUUGCAGACUGUGGGUUUUUCUGUCAUUAGCACACAGUUUUUUGUGGGACUGUAGUUGACACAACAGGCCAAUUCAAUUCCUUUCUCAGCAGUGGUUUUUCUUGUCAUCCUGUUCUUAUCAUAAUUCUUGCAUCAUAGGCACUGUUAUGAGCUGUCUGCAAUGGUCAUGGUUGAUUAGUUCAACCUUAAAAUGGCUUAGGCUACGUAAUAUGAAAUGGCACCCUAUUUUCCCUAUGGACCCUGCUCAAAAGUAGUGCAAUUAUGGCACUACAUAGCGAUUAGAGUGCAAUUUUGGACAUGACCUAGUCUAAUACAGGCCUUUUAUGUUCUAUGAGCUCAAGUUUGUCAUCAUGAUUUGCAUAUUGAGCUACCUUCUUGGCCAGGUCUCCCUUAUAAAAGAGGUCUUCUGACCUCAAUGGGACUUCCUGGAUGAAUAAAAAUGAAUACAGAAAUGAGUGGAGAAGUGAUAUCUCUUUGCCCUCCCCCCUCCCUGCCACAGGUACCAGAGGAAGUACCCCUAUGCCCAUGUUGGCCGAACGCUGUGCCAGCCCCCCACCCGCACCCUCACCGAGACCCAGUACUUCUUUGUGGACGUAUCCACUCUUUCCAGCUUGGGCACCCAGUACCAGCUGAGGAUCAGCCGCGUGGACAGCUUCACCCUGCAGUGAGUCAUCUUCAUCAGGGAUCAUUACCCUCAUGCUAGCUAGCUGAGCGAAUACAUGAUACCUGAUAUCUGGUUGUGGAGCUGCAUCCCUUACACAGUCUCCCACAGCAGUACAUAUUCAAUACUCUGAGUCAUCAUAGUUUAUAUCACUAUUAUGCUACUGUGCAGAGCUGGUCUAAUUUGCAUUGAAUACUGCCUUCUUGCCUACACACAAUCGUGACUGCCUAUUUCUACAGCAAGCCAAGACACACCCUGUGUAGCAGCAUCACUCAUAGAGUAGGGAUGGUGUACUGUAUGUGUGACCUGACUGGCUAAUGUUGUUGUUGAGUGUUUCCUGUCAUCUUGUCUUCUUAAUUACAGUACAGACAAAAAGUUCAGCUUCACUGCCUCACCGUCCCAACCCCAGGUAAGAAACAUAGUCACUCACACCCAUACACACGUGUGUACAUAAGCACACAGCAUAUUUCCCGUAAAACCCUUAUACUGCACGUGACCAUGAGAGGUGUGUGUGGGUGGAGAAGACGAUUGGGUACUACCUCUUUAGAGUGCCUAAGUCUAAAAGCCAGGGCCAAGAAGGGGAUUAAAUAAUGAAUGUGUUUGCGUGAUCUGUUGAGGUGUUGCAUAACAGAGAUGGAGAGAAAGAGACAGGAGAAAAUGUACACUACCAGCCAAAAGUUUGGACACACCUACUCAUUCAAGGGGUUUUCUUUAUGUUUACUAUUUUCUACAUCGUACAAUAGUAGUGAAGACAUCAAAACUAUAUUAUGAAAUAACACAUAUGGAAUCAUGUAGUAACCAAAAAAGUGUUAAACAAAUCAAAAUAUAUUUUAGAUUCUUCAAAGUAGCCACCCUUUGCCUUGAUGACAGCUUUGCACACUCUUGGCAUUCUCUCAACCAGCUUCAUGAGGUAGUCACCUGGAAUGCAUUUCAAUUAACAGGUGUGCCUUGUUAAAAGUUAAUUUGUGGAUUAAUUUCCUUAUUAAUGCGUUUGAGCCAAUCAGUUGUGUUGUGACAAGGUAGGGGGGUAUACAGAAUAUAGCCCUAUUUGGUAAAAGACCAAGUCCAUAUUAUUGCAAGAACAGCUCAAAUAAGCAAAGAGAAAUUACAGUCCAUCAUUACUUUAAGACAUGAAGGUCCAUCAAUACAGAACAUUUCAAGAACUUUGAACGUUUCUUCAAGUGCAGUCGCAAAAACCAUCAAGCGCUAUGAUGAAACUGGCUCUCAUGAGGACUGCCACAGGAAAGGAAGACCCAGAGUUACCUCUGCUGCAGAGGAUAAGUUCAUUCGAGUUACCAGCCACAGAAAUUGCAGCCCAAAUAAAUGCUUCACAGAGUUGAAGUAACAGACACAUCUCAACAUCAACUGUUCAGAGGAGAAUCAGGCCUUCAUGGUUGAAUUGCUGCAAAGAAACCACUACUAAAGGACACCAAUAAGAAGAAGAGACUUGCUUGGGCCAAGAAACACAAGCAAUGGACAUUAGACCGGUGGGAUUUUACCCUUUGGUCUACAGUCCAAAUUGGAGAUUCUUGGUUCCAACCGCUGUGUCUUUGUGAGACGCAGUGUGGGUGAACGGAUGAUCUCCGCAUGUGUAGUUCCCAUCGUGAAGCAUGGAGGAGGGAUGGUGUGGGGGUGCUUUGCUGGUGAAUUCAAGGCACACUUAACCAGAAUGCCUACCACAGCAUUCUGCAGCAAUACACCAUCCCAUCUGGUUUGGGCUUAGUGGGACUAUCAUUUGUUUUUCAACAGGACAAUGACACAACACACCUCCAGGCUGUGUAAGGGCUAUUUUACCAAGAAGGAGAGUGAUGGAGUGCUGCAUCAGAUGACCUGGCCUCAACAAUCACCCGACCUCAACCCAAUGAAGAUGGUUUGGGAUGAGUUGGACCGCAGAGUGAAGGAAAAGCAGCCAACAAGUGCUCAGCAUAUUCCAGGUGAAGCUGGUUGAGAGAAUGCCAAGAGUGUGCAAAGCUGUCAUCAAGGCAAAGGGUGGCUACUUUGAAGAAUCUCUUUGUGUAACACUUUUUUGGUUACUACAUGAUUCCAUAUGUGUUAUUUCAUAGUUUUGAUGUCUUCACUAUUAUUCUACAAUGUAGAAAAUAGUAAAAAUAAAGAAAAACCCUUGAAUGAGUAGGUGUGUCCAAACUUUUGACUGGUACUGUGUAUUGUUACAUCAUACAUUUUGUGUACACACAUGUUGUGCGUUUUGUAUUCUAUGCAAGAUUUGUCUUUCAAAACGGUAGCUCUAUCAACAUAAUAGAAUAGUAUUGUUAGGAAGUAUGCUUGAAAAAGAAAAUGAUAAAAAAAAUUAUAUAUUUAUUUAACUCUGCUGAAAUGUGACCUUUUUUAUUAUAACUCUCAAUUUUUCUCUCUCAGUACUUCAAAUAUGUGUUCCCUGACGGAGUGGACACGGUCAUCGUGAAGGUCAACUCUGAGAUGACCUUCCCAUGCUCUGUCAUGUCUAUCCAGGACAUCCAGGUAAACUAACUUGACCAUACCUGUUCAUUAGGCACCGGAGAUGGGACCAAGUCACUAUUAUUCGAGUCACAAGCAAGUCACAAGGUCCGAGUCUCAAGUCGAGUCCCAAGUACAACGGGUCAAGACUCGAGUCAAGUCCAAGUCGUGCAUUCUAAGAGCAAGUCGAGUGAUAUGUUUUCAAGUCAAGUAAAAAACAAAAUCUAUGAAAAAACAAAAUCUAUGCAUGCAACGACUUGUUCAUCUAGAAAUCUUUGUCUAUUUAUCGAGGCUACAGGACAGCCCUUUUCAUUAUUUUGUCUACAACUCAUUUGAUGAGCCUAUGUAAUUGUAAAAUGGGGACCUUGUAGCAGUCGUAAGGGCAUGAACUCAGCAUAAGGCAAGGCAGGUUGACGUGCUCAGAGUGUAGAAUUAUUUACAGGUCUUGGUGAUCCAAUGGUGAAAGUGCCAUAUCAUACAAAAUGUAUAAGUAGAUUUACCAAAUAUACAUUGGCAAUAGCCCAAAAGAAAUAGCCUCUGAAUCAGGCUUAACCUGUCCUAUCUGAAUGGACACAGGUAGGGGGCAAGACUGUACAGCCUCCCCUUGAGAAACCAAAUCGAAUCUGUCUUAACAGGAUCUCAAACAGGUAGGCCUGCAUAAAUAAUAUAAGCACUUGGCCCCCAGGUCCAUACAAUUACCCAAUUUGGCAAUUACAACCUAUAAACUGGCUCUACAAUGUAAAAGGCAGUUUCCACAUCCAUUGUUACAUUGGUACAUUUCUCUUAAUCAGACUUAAUGAUAUUUCAACACCAUGCAUACAUGGGACAAUCAUUUUAUCUUAUUCAACGUUCUCUUAAGCAUGGAGCGGAGGCCACGUAGCCUAUUUCUAUGGGCACUGAGGCGCACGCUCCUAUUACACACAAUCAGAAUGACAGAGACUAAUGGUGCUUUCAAGACGACUGGGAACUCUGAAAAAUACGAGGUCAAAUCAUGACAUCAGUGAUCUUCAGGUCGGAAAGUCGGAGCUCUAGAAAGAGGCCUGAGUUCCCGAGAUGGAAUUCCAAGUUGGAUGACCGUUCAAAACGAUUUUUCCCACUCUGAGCUCGUUUUUUCCAAGUUCCCAGUUGUCUUGAACGCACUGAAAUCAGAAGUCAGAGAUUUCCGAGUUCACAUUUGUUUUGAACGCGGCAAUAGGAUACAGACACGGAACUCCGACAUAACCAGGGAAAUAUGAACAAAGGAAACCAUACAUUGAAUUAAAUAAACAGAACUUCUACCUCAUGAGUCUUGUGAAUGUUCAUGUGCACAAUAAACAUCCCGCCACUCAGAGAGUAAGAACUGGUUGGCUAAAUGAAAUGGUAUCGCAGUCCUAUCAAACAUGAAACGAAAUGUACAGGGAUAGAAUUAUGAAACGCUAGCAAUUAUUGUAGUAUUAGAUGGAAUAUAGAUUUACCACCGGGCUUAUGCAUUUUAAACGUGUGAAAGCAACAGCAAACAUUUCAACAAGAGAAAAAAAGCACUCUGGUGCGUCCUCACAGCAGUAAUAAUUCAUUUUAACAACAAAUUCCAAAUGCGAGCUUCAUAAGCAAAUUAUGAAUUUCAAGCAAGUGUUACAUACCAAAAGACCUGUAGGCCUAUGUUAGUAAUUGUUGCCCCAUUGCUGAUGAGCUUGCAAAGUAAACGGUUCAUAUUCUUGAUCACCAAACAAUUUUUGGAGCCUCAUUUAUUUAUUAUGGCAAUCCUCUUCCUACAGUUUGACGUUUGUGCUGCACCCGAUCCUAUAGCUUGUACAGCAAAUCAGCAAUCUGUUCGCUAGCUCACCCGACCUGUGUUGAUUGACAGUUUGCUGGUCCAAUCAGAGUGCCGAGUGUGCGUUUCACUAGCCAAUCUGUUGCAGUUUUUUUUUGCAAGGGCGAUGCUGCGGGUACUGUCUCUGGCUGCGUGUGGAAUAAUCAACGUAGACUCUGUGCCACAAAAUGAGUGACAGAUAAAACAUUACAAAACCUGGCCAGAUAAAUUCAAGUCAUCAAUCUCAAGUCAAAGUCGAGUCCCGAGACUUGAGGCUCCAAGUCAAGUCUCAAGUUAUUUUAUUUUCUAUCGAGUCUCAAGUCAUCAUGUGACUUGAGUCCACAACUCUGUAAGACACCAAUUGGAAGUAAGCAAACUGAAACGGGGCGGGACUGUUGAGAAACGCUAAAAUAAACACUUGUUUUAGUUUUCUGUUGCAAAACGUUUUGCUAUGGUGUACCCUAAUGAAUACUGCCAUGACCUUACUUCUACCUGCAUCCUCUGACCUCACAUGACAUCACCGAGCUGUGGUCCAUCAGCCUAUUGUCUCCAAUGGCUAGCCUCCGAUUCACCACACAAGGGCAGUGUUGAGUUCAUUCUGAGCAACCCAUCAACCACUAGACAGCUGUGAAUUAACUUGUGAAAUGCACUGGUUUUACCCUAAAGCAGCUUAAAGCUGUGAAAGAGGCAUUACUAAAACGCAAUGUAAAGCUCUGUCUGGUGUGUAAUCAGCUCACAUGGGGGGUCUUUGAAAUGUAGGCCAAUAUAGAAAUCUGCAUUGCACUCACUUGAUGGGGAGUGCAGAGGCGCGCCUGUUGCCGUGGCAACCACAUUAGCCAUGGCUGCUCCUGUUCUUCUCUCAGGCAGACACACACACCGACAGACACUCGUUCCUCUCUGAUUGCUAAAUUCUGUGUUUUACCUUAUCAUCAGUGCCCAGUGUAUGACUUGGAUAACAACGUGGCCUUCAUUGGAAUGUAUCAAACCAUGACCAAGACAGCUGCCAUCACUGUCCAGGUAAAAUACACAUACACACACACACACACACACUGGAGAGAUCAGGUAAACACACACACACACACUGGAGAGAUCAGGUAAUUGAUUAUUAUUAUUAUUUUUUACCACUCACUUGCCACAAUGGACAACCAUUUAAUCUACUCUCUCUCUCUCUCUCUCUCUCUUGUUCCCCCUCUCCCCUUUUCUCCUCUUGUGGCUCUCAGAGGAAGGACUUCCCUAGUAACAGUUUCUAUGUGGUGGUGGUGGUGAAGACUGAGGACGAGGCAUGUGGGGGUCCCCUGCGCUUCUACCCCCUCCGUCCAGAUGAACUCAUCGAUGCCGGCAACCGCAGUAAAACUCUGGACGUGGUCGUCUCGCCCGCUAUCAACUGUGAGUAACUCAGCCUGGCAGGCCAAAGGACUUCAGCUGCAUCAAACAGUACAUAAUUCCCAAUGUAGCAGAGAGAAAUGUUAAUGUCUGACUCUCUCUCUUUCUAUUUGUCUCUAUUUCUCUCGAACACCUCUCUCUCUCUCUCUUCCUUUCUCCCUCCCUCUUUCCCCUCUCUCCUUCGUCUCUCUCUUCCUCUCUCCUUCCUUUCUCCCUCUUCCCCUCUCUCUAUCCCUGUAUCCCCCCCCCCUCUCCCUCUAUCUCACUCUAUCUCCCCUCUCUCCGUCUCAGCGGAUGUGUACGUGAUGGGCAUGCUAUUCUGCCUGGGCAUCUUCCUGUCCUUCUACCUGCUCACCUUCCUGGUGGCCUGUGUGGAGAACAAGAGGUCUGUCGAUCGCUUCACUGUCGUAUACAGUAAGUACAUUAUUUCAUACACUGUCAUAUAGAGGCUUUGGAACUCAAGUGUCUCUCUCUGGGUCUUUUCUCUGGUCAGGAUGCACAGGAGGAGGGAGGGGCUUCUGAACCCAGCGGACAUGUCGCCCGCGGAGACAGGUAUCCCAGCAACCCACUACAAUGGCACACUCCAUUGUAUCAGAGAGGUGUACAAUGAAGAGGGGAGAGAACUAUCUCUGUAACUCCGUAUUUAAGAUUGAAAAUGAGCUUAAGAUGGAUGCAUACCAUUAACAGUUGCCCCAUAAGAUGAAGGAUUACUGUGUAUUGAAUUUGUCUAUCGCUUUCUCCCCAUGCUACUCUUUGGCUCAGCCUCUCUACUGGGUAAGAAUGGAGUUGGAGUAAUGAGAUAUUGCCUGUGACAGAACUUCUCUCACUGUUUCACACUACUUAUUACCCUUUGUGCACGCUAUAUAAAUUAUUGCACCCAUCUCACAGUCAUUAUCACCAGUAUGAUGUCAUCCAGUGGAGGGAUGACAGCUUUUCAUCUGGGUGGAUGAGGAAUCAUCAUCAUCAUCAUGCAUGUCUAAUGAAUGACCUUCACCACUGUUGGGGUCAAUUUCGAAUUCAGGAAGUGAUUUCAAUUUAAAAUAUGGAAAAACAUUUGAAAUAAAUAUAUUCUCCUUCUCAGUUUAUUGAGAAGUCAUUGAAAAUAGAACCCCCUUUUUCAAUUAUUGAAUUGGAAUUUCAGUUGACUUCCUGAGUUGCCUGACUUAACAGCAUUGUCCAGUGCAGUCACAAACACGUGUCAUGGUGUGGGAUGACUAUAUGGUCAAACUGUGACCAUGGCCAUGCAUUGGAUGAUAUGAUGGUUACGGUGGUUUGGUUCCAAUUGGAGUCUGACUGAAAUGGACUUAUUUUUCAAUAGUCACUCUUUAUCUCACAUUGGACUCACACCCUAGGGUACUGAUUAGCACCCUUGCAUUAACCCUUGCCUCACUUUUCAACCUUGCCUCUGAACCCACAGGGCAUGGUGUGUCCUCUAGCUAACCAGUCAUCUAGAUGCUGUGGUAGGGUGUAGACUACUGACUGCUAUGGUGGCAUAUGUUUGGGGUGUGUGUGUUUGUGACAUUAUCUCUACCUGUUACCACAGGAAAGCCAGGUGUGACUCCAGUCUCCCCUUAUGAAUACGGCUCCUUUGGUGAGUGUGUGUGCUCAUUUUCUUUAUAAGUGUGACGAUGUUUGAAAUGUUUUGAGUGAAAUAUUGACAAUCAAUGUAGCUAACUGAGGAUGACGGGGCUUUCACUGUUAUAGUUCUGUUGUGUGUCUCAUUCCUUUGUUUCUGCACAUGAGUCUCCUUCCCUACUUCCCACAAAUCUAAAAGCAUUUGAUUGGGGGAGUCAUGGACUAGUUGCACUUUUCACCAUAUUUCUUUUACCAGUCAUUUCCUUGAAAUCAGUGAAGGAAAGUGAAUACUUUGGGAGGAAGGAGAGAUAAUUGGGGCAUAGCCAAAGUGAAUACUUACACCAGUUCAAACACUCUUUAAUGUUGUUUCCCUCUGGUAUUGUUUCUACAGCGGACAACGCCAGCACGUUGAGCUCAGAGGCCAUCACAGACAGCAUAGCAUCAGAUGGCAACUACGGAUACAUGGGUAUGGAGAAGGAUGACCAAAUACACACAUAUUUACACAUAUGCUCUUAUACUGUACACACAUAUGUGCAAAUACACACAAUGGGGUCAACAUGGCACAAAAUCUGUCUUCAAGUUAUGUUGCACAGCAUUUCACCACCAAACUGGCCCUUGAUUGGAGGGCUGCAGAGUGCUCUUGUUUCUUAUUGGUUUAUCUGUGUUUGUUUAUCAGGACAGGAGACUUUGAAACGCAGACCAUUCCUAACUGCCAUCCACCACGUAGCCAUCCGCAUUGGUGACACUCACUGCCUUAAUCAGCCAUCCAAUCGCAUCCCUUCACUGUAUAAAUCAGCACCAUGUCAAUCACUUAGGAAUGUGUUCAAGAUCUAUACGCCUUUUGAUGUAAUUUAAUGCUAUGAUGACCACAGAUGGAGACCAAAACGAUCACAUAUGGUCAACAAUCAUGUUUGACUGUAUGCAGAGAUAAUGAUGGAAUGUCAAGAAUGAUUUCAAUGAUACAUUUUGUGAUUAUCAGGAAUGUCAUUGGCCAGAAUCACCAAUCUAUUGAAUAUGUCCCAAAUCUUUACAAAAAACUCCAAGCCGUAAAACCAACAAAAACUAUAAAAUCGAGAAAUAUAACCCUCAGUCACUGACAUACUGUAAACUUAGUUACUGUUUCGUCUCUCUCCCUCUCUGUCUCCCCCGUCUCUGUCUCUGUCUGUCUCCCCCUCUCUCCGUCUCUCAGAGCGUUCGUUGGAGAGUGUUACGGGUCGUAGUCGUCAGGAGUCUCUGAGCUCAAUAGAGGAGGAUGACUAUGACACGUUGGCCGACAUCGACUCGGACAAGAACAUCGUCCGCACCAAGGUCUGACCCGCCCCUCCUCCACCCCCCCUCUACCUCUCCUCCCCUGUGCAUCACUCAAUAUUAUACUCAUCUUCUGUUGUUUUUCCCUCCCAAUGAAACUCUUGUGGUCGCUUGUCCUUUUGCAGAAGUACCUGUGUGUGUCGGACCUCGCUCGCAAGGACAAGAGGGUUCUGAGUAAAAAGUACCAAAUCUACUUCUGGUGAGUGGGACGGAGAGUUAGCUAAAAAUCUGUACAUCAAUGCUGGGGCUAUAACCCUAUGGCAUCCUCCACUCUAUCAGUACUCUAGUCAAAUGCAUGAUAACAAUUAGCUAGUCAUCAGUUGCUUCUUUGGAUAGGGUGUAGGUUUGUUUUGUAUCAGUCGGAUUGUACAGUAAUUAUACAACUAUCAGUGUCAUGGCAGUUAAUGUCAGUGUUCCUCUCCUCAGGAAUAUUGCCACCAUAGGUGUGUUCUACGCCCUCCCUGUCAUCCAGCUGGUCAUCACUUAUCAAACGGUAUUGUGUGCUACCCUCACUCACACUCCACAACUGCAGAUUUACCACAUUAUUACAGAGUUAUAACGAGUGCAUUUGUAGUGUGUAAAGGAAUUGCCUUCGAGUGAGUAGAUAUGACUGUAGAAUCCACACAUGGUGGGUGGGUAGUGCAUUGUUGUUGUUGACGACAUGUUCCUCUCUCCUCCAGGUUGUCAACGUGACAGGAAAUCAGGACAUCUGCUACUACAACUUCCUGUGUGCACACCCCCUGGGGAAUCUGAGGUGUGUGUGUGUAUCAUAAGGAAAAACGCAUAUGGGUGUGCAUGUAAUGUAUGACUUGUAUCAUUCAUGACAUCCAUUCUCUACCCUCUGGUGUGCAGUGCCUUCAACAACAUACUGAGUAACCUUGGUUACGUGAUGCUGGGCCUCCUCUUCCUGCUCAUCGUGCUGCAGAGAGACAUCAUCCACAGCAGAGCGCUGGACCGCAACGACCUCAACGCGCUGGUGAGAGAUCAAACUGAGAUGGUGCUUUUGUUUAGAGAUAUUUUGGGGGGUAUUUUGUAGUUUUUUUAUUUUGAUUGACAGGUGUAGAUUAGAGUAUGUGAUAGGUAGCAAGAUGACAGGGGUACAGUACAGAGCGUGAGUGGCGGAACUGGGGAUUGAACUGCUGCCUCCAGGGGCAAUAUGUGGUCCAGGGGUGGUAGCACAACCUCUAAACUGACCCCUGGCACAGAUAGUGUAUUAUAGCAGUGGGAUGCACAAUAGAACAUGAAAUGCAUACACAUUGGCAUUUCCAUGUAUGGAAUUCAUAUCACCACUCAUGAUGUUGACAUGAGGGUUUUGUCCAAUUGGUAUUUCCUACACACUAUGGAACGUUCAAUACCAGUAACCAGGUUUCCAUCCAAACUUUUUAUGCGAGUAAUGUACAUGUCGUAUAAAACAUUUCAUGAAAUGCCUGAUGGAAACAGCAAAUUUGUCGGUGAACUUUCCAAAUAUCGAAAAAACGAAAUACGCUAGACAAGGUGAGUUUUGUGUAGGUAAAAUUAAUUAUGCGAGAAAUGGUGGUGGAAACUCCUUUAUGCGCAAAUAUUGAUAAAAUAACCAUCAUAUUGAAAUAAAGUUGGGAGUCAUGCAAUGAUAUGUUGUGUGGUCCUCCCACUAUGAUUAGGGAAAGCAUGCGGUUUAGUAGGCUACAGAUGAAGUAAGUUAUGAACUUCACAGGGUGGUGAAAGGGCACGGUGAUGAGCUUGAGGCUCCUUUCCAAUAAAUAUCUGAUUCUGGUGACAUGAUGAUUGAUGCUUGGCUGCCGUUUGACAAAUAAAAAUGAUCGCUCCUUUGUCCAUAAAAUCUAAUGUAGGCUAUGCCCGCACUGUAUCUGCAAGCUGUUGGCUAGAGCGCUUGUGCCAAGACCAUAGUGGGCACAUUCGCAAAUAACGCAACAUUUUUUGUGACAAAACCGUCAGUAGAGUUAAAUGCAAUGGAAACCCAUUUAACUUUAUUCCGUACAGUGGGGGAAAAAAAGUAUUUAGUCAGCCACCAAUUGUGCAAGUUCUCCCACUUAAAAAGAUGAGAGAGGCCUGUAAUUUUCAUCAUAGGUACACGUCAACUAUGACAGACAAAAUGAGAAUUUUUUUCUCCAGAAAAUCACAUUGUAGGAUUUUUAAUGAAUUUAUUUGCAAAUUAUGGUGGAAAAUAAGUAUUUGGUCAAUAACAAAAGUUUAUCAAUACUUUGUUAUAUACCCUUUGUUGGCAAUGACACAGGUCAAACGUUUUCUGUAAGUCUUCACAAGGUUUUCACACACUGUUGCUGGUAUUUUGGCCCAUUCCUCCAUGCAGAUCUUGCUGGGCAACACAGACUUUCAACUCCCUCCAAAGAUUUUCUAUGGGGUUGAGAUCUGGAGACUGGCUAGGCCACUCUAGGACCUUGAAAUGCUUCUUACGAAGCCACUCCUUCGUUGCCCGGGCGGUGUGUUUGGGAUCAUUGUCAUGCUGAAAGACCCAGCCACGUUUCAUCUUCAAUGCCCUUGCUGAUGGAAGGAGGUUUUCACUCAAAAUCUCACGAUACAUGGCCCCAUUCAUUCUUUCCUUUACACGGAUCAGUCGUCCUGGUCCCUUUGCAGAAAAACAGCCCCAAAGCAUGAUGUUUCCACCGCCAUGCUUCACAGUAGGUAUGGUGUUCUUUGGAUGCAACUCAGCAUUCUUUGUCCUCCAAACACGACGAGUUGAGUUUUUACCAAAAAGUUCUAUUUUGGUUUCAUCUGACCAUAUGACAUUCUCCCAAUCCUCUUCUGGAUCAUCCAAAUGCACUCUAGCAAACUUCAGACGGGCCUGGACAUGUACUGGCUUAAGCAGGGGGACACGUCUGGCACUGCAGGAUUUGAGUCCCUGGCGGCGUAGUGUGUUACUGAUGGUAGGCUUUGUUACUUUGGUCCCAGCUCUCUGCAGGUCAUUCACUAGGUCCCCCCGUGUGGUUCUGGGAUUUUUGCUCACCGUUCUUGUGAUCAUUUUGACCCCACAGGGUGAGAUCUUGCGUGGAGCCCCAGAUCGAGGGAGAUUAUCAGUGGUCUUGUAUGUCUUCCAUUUCCUAAUAAUUGCUCCCACAGUUGAUUUCUUCAAACCAAGCUGCUUACCUAUUGCAGAUUCAGUCUUCCCAGCCUGGUGCAGGUCUACAAUUUUGUUUCUGGUGUCCUUUGACAGCUCUUUGGUCUUGGCCAUAGUGGAGUUUGGAGUGUGACUGUUUGAGGUUGUGGACAGGUGUCUUUUAUACUGAUAACAAGUUCAAACAGGUGCCAUUAAUACAGGUAACGAGUGGAGGACAGAGGAGCCUCUUAAAGAAGAAUUUACAGGUCUGUGAGAGCCAGAAAUCUUGCUUGUUUGUAGGUGACCAAAUACUUAUUUUCCACCAUAAUUUGCAAAUAAAUUCAUUAAAAAAUCCUACAAUGUGAUUUUCUGGAGAAAAAAAAUUCUCAAUUUGUCUGUCAUAGUUGACGUGUACCUAUGAUGAAAAUUACAGGCCUCUCUCAUCUUUUUAAGUGGGAGAACCUGCACAAUUGGUGGCUGACUAAAUACUUUUUUCCCCCCACUGUACAUGGGAAUGUAACCGCAAAAGUAAUUUUUAUGUGUACUACAUCAUCAAAGAAAAAAUACAUGUCCACAAAUCUGGUAUGCUCCCAGGGUGAGUUAAUCAGACGCACAAUAAAGACAACGUUUCGAUCAGAGUUGGAUCUUUGUCAGGUCAUACACCACUGUGAAACACACCUACUUAAAUAACCUCUAGAGGCAUGAACAUUGGAUGUGCAUAUUGUUCUCUUUUCACUACAUCAUCACAUAGCCUUUUAGAUUUUUAGAAUAUUUGCAUGACAAUCUGUCGCCAAUUGGAUGUAAACCUAGCUAGUGACAAUUAUAUAAUUUUGAGCCUCUGUCUCUCCCUCCCUGCCGGUCUCCAGGAGUGUGGCAUCCCUAAGCACUUUGGGCUGUUCUACGCCAUGGGCACAGCUCUGAUGAUGGAGGGACUGCUGAGUGCCUGCUACCACGUCUGCCCCAACUACACCAACUUCCAGUUCGGUAAGACUGAGAGACUAAUGUCAUGGUUGGAUAAUUGGGAGAUCCUGAAGAUACUGUAACACAGAUCCUCAAUAGAUGGGUUUCUCAAUCAGCCCCCAAUCAGUCCCAGAUCGGUUCAUGUUGUCUUGCCAACUUAAUUGCUGUGACUGCAAGACGGCACAAACAGAUCUGGGACUCUGGCUACUUCACAAUAACUGUACUGUAAGAAAUAUCAUUAAUGUCACCCUUUCCUACUCUGUCUCCCAGACACCUCCUUCAUGUAUAUGAUAGCUGGGCUCUGUGUGCUAAAGCUAUACCAGAAGAGACACCCAGAUAUCAAUGCCAGCGCUUACACUGCCUACGCCUGUCUGGCUGCUGUCAUCUUCUUCUCUGUACUAGGAGUGGUGAGGGACUAGGGGCACGCACAUAUACACACCGAGACAGACCGAAACACAACAAACACCCAACAGUAGACUCUGACAUACACAACCUAUACAAUCAUCAUUCAGCAAGUGUCAAAUUCCUGAUGUAUCCUGAUGAUGGCGGUGUGUGUGUGUUGUGUCCAGGUGUUUGGGAAGGGCAACAUGGUGUUCUGGAUCGUCUUCUCUGUCAUCCACAUCCUGGCCACCAUGCUGCUCAGCACCCAGCUCUACUACAUGGGCCGCUGGAGACUGGGUAAGGAGUCAAUCAAUCAAUCACAUUUAUUUGUUAUUUUUAAAAGCCCUUUUUACAUUGGCAGUUGUCACAAAGUGCUUUACGGAUACCCAGUCCCAAAACCCCAAGAGAAGGCAAUGCAGAAGUAGAAGCACAGUGGCUAGGAAAAACGACCUAGAAGGCAGGAACCUAGGAAGAAACCUAGGAGUAAGGGCUAGGAACAGUCCUGGGGUCAGGGUUAGCUUUUACCUUGUAACGUUACAGGGGCUAUGGACAGGUGUCAGUCUAUUCUAUUUGUUUGUGUUUCAGAUUCUGGCAUCCUGCGCAGGAUUGUGUAUGUGAUCUACACCGACUGUAUCCGCCAGUGCAGUGGCCCCAUGUAUAUUGUGAGUAUACAUCAGUGGAGAACUACUGCCCCCUCUCAUUGAAACUUACGGAGGUUCAAGGCUGACUGCGGCACUGCAGGCAUUGUUUGCAUUGUUUGCAUAAACAGGAUCCCCCAUUAUAGUGAAUGGAAAAAUGGCAAUCUUCGUGGUCAAUCUUUGUGUAAAAAAAAAAAUGUUGGGGGAAGACAAUCAUGGUGCUAAUAAUUGCAUCUAAUACACCCAGUAUUACAGUAUGUCCUUGAACCAAUUAUUUUUUUAAAUCGCACACAGAAUAAGUUAUAAGGAUAAUUUAGUUGCUAAUGGCUGCCUGCAGCACUGAGCUAGGCUGCAACGUCACUUCCUGGAGUAUAUCAAACUGCGCAUGUUAUGUCUCCAUGAGACGCCAUCUUAACAGACUUCAUUUGGCUUCAAUACGCUAUUGAGUCUUCACAUAGGAAUGAAUGGUGUCAUGUGAUCGAUGGCUUUGUCCAUUCAUAUAUACAGUCAUUGGUAUACUGUACAUACACAUACUGUAUGGAGACUCACUCGAAUGUCGCGAAAGAUUCACAAAUCCACAAGUAAACGUUUCUCUCCCACUCUCUCUCUCUGUCUCUGUGUGUGUCUUUGUGUGUGUGUGUGUGUGUGUUAGGACCGAAUGGUUCUGCUGGUGAUGGGAAACAUAGUGAACUGGUCUCUGUGAGUAUUUCCUUCAUUCAAUCACUAUCUUAUUCAGACUGGAAUGCCUUUACUGCAGUGUUCUUUAUAUGUGACACAUUUUUUGAUUAUUUUGUUUUCGGUCAGGUUUGCAGGGUACAUUACAGAUCUGAUAUCUUAAUUUGAUCACUCUGUUGUCGCAGAGAAUUUUCCUGCGAAGCAUGAAAUGCUAAUUGUAGUGUAUUAGGGUGUAAAAAGGCUUCUAAAGUUUGUAAUUUCCACUUUAAAAUGUCAGACUUGAUUUGCCCUAACGAAAAAUGUAUCAACCCAUACAAAAAUGUCCAUUAAUAUAAUCCACGUAAUAAUUCACAUUUCCUGUUGCUGCAGGAUAAUUUUCCUGCUGUGAGAAACGGGGUCAAAUUAAGAUGGCAGAUCUGUACAUUGUUUGACAUCAUCAUGCAGUGUUUUUUUUUUUAAUCAAAGGUCUUUCACACCUACUUUUUAAGUGAUUAAUUUAAGUCCCUUUCUGUCAAUGUGUUUUAUUGUGACUCACUCAGCUUGAUGAGACAAGGUAUCCAUUUACUCUGUAUAAUAGUCAUUACUCACCCACAACCAUGGGUGGAGAGUAGAGUAGACAACUCAUCACUGACAUACAUUGUAUUGUUGUGUUCUGUCUGUCCAGAGCUGCCUAUGGGCUUCUAAAGACACCCAAUGACUUUGCCUCUUACCUGCUGGCCAUCGCCAUCUGCAACCUGCUACUCUACUUUGCCUUCUAUAUCAUCAUGAAGGUGUGUGUGUGUGUGUGUGUGUGUGCUUGUUUAUUCAUUUUCUAUGGACCAAUCUCACUCAAAAAAGACAUGCCACAAUAUAUUUAUUAAUUCAUUAACCCUGUAGAGUCUAAGCCCUGUCUAAGCUGUGGGAGGGGGUCUAAGCUAACAUAUGGAAUUGUUUUAAGAUUGUCAUACCAAGAAUCAUUUAGCUAUUUGAUUUUGAAUUUUAAGACCCCUUAAGGUAACAAAAAAAUAUAUAUUAUUUUUUUUGGGGGAUGAAACGUUGAAUUUGGCCUUACUGCUAUUAGCCAAUAGAAAUGCAUUGAAUAACAGAUUCACUACAUGGAACAACAGAUAGUCCCCCAAAAAAUCUAAAAGAAGUUUGUUCUGAACUAUAUAAAAAAAUAACAUAAAUAUUUAUCCCCAUAUCUUAGGCAAUAAACUAUCCCCAUACUGUAUAUACUUCCAUAAAACAUUUUUCACUGGUACCGGGGGCAAAACCGGGAGCAAAAUGGGGAACGCCAUCGUGAGAGUCUCAUCUUUCAAUAGAGUGGUCAUAAUAUGUUUGGACGCUACAGACGUUUUUGUAAGAAGACCGAUUUUCGGGAUGUCGUAAUGGUCUGACUAACACCGCUCUAGCUCUGCCACCUUUCACUGCAGAUGCGGAAGGGCGAUAUCACCCAUGCAACAAAUAAAAUAUAUCUCUAGCUAAUUCAAACAUUCUACUAAAUGUGCUUUGUUUGAUUGUUGACGUAUUCUAACAGUAUUGUAUGUAGAAAGUGCACAUCUGACACAUGAAACAACAUAGAACAUGUUCUGGGUGUACAAUAACAGAUGAUGUUGUGUUUCUGUGAAUGUGUGUGUAGCUCCGCAGUGGUGAGAGGAUCCAGUGCAUGGCCAUUGUGUGUAUCCUCUUCACGGCCGUAGUGUGGGGCUUCGCUCUCUUCUUCUUCUUCCAGGGCCUCAGCACCUGGCAGGUCAGCACCGCACACACCUACUACACAAACACACAAACACACAGACCUUACAGAUCACUGGCUUCUACCACAAGUCAGCCUUACACACCCCAUGGCAGUGGUUUUCAAACCUCUCCUCGGGGACCCCCAGCCAUUCCAUGUAUUCAUACUGUUCCAGAGCCAGCACACCUGAUUCAACUCGUCAACUUAUAAUCAAGCACUUGUCUGUGUAGGUAAGUUGAAUCAGGUAUGCUAGUUCAGGUCUACAACAAAAUGGUGAAAGGUCUGGGGGUCCCCGAGGAGAGGUUUGGGAACCCCUGCCCCAUGGGACUCAUGGUAUCUGUAGUACCACACUUGAAAACAAACAUCACACACUACAUGUUUACACAUCACGUCAUGGUCACAUAAUCCCAAUUUACUGCUUUGUCCCCUCUCCCCCGCCGUAGAAAACCCCUGCCGAGUCCCGGGAACACAACCGUGAUUGCAUCGUGCUCUCCUUCUUCGACGACCACGACAUCUGGCACUUCCUGUCCUCCAUCGCCAUGUUUGGUUCCUUCCUAGUGAGUGUGUGUGUGUGUGUGUGCCUCUGGGGAGGGCCAUGUGACACUAAUUUCAUAGUAUUAUAAAUUGGAGGGGAAUACACAGAUUUCACACCAUGGACAUGGUUCUUGCACACGUCAUUCAGCAAUAGAAAAUCAUGAGUGGCUGAGCUUUGAUGAAGACCUCCCAUUUCUGACCCAUACAUACCCAGAUUGUAACAUAUUAGAUAGUGACUGACUCCUCUGCUUUCUCUGCCAGGUUCUCCUCACCAUGGAUGAUGACUUGGACGACGUCCAAAGAGACAAGAUCUUUGUCUUCUGAGAAAGCAACUCUCUGGCUCUGCCUUAACGUCUCUCGCUGGCCAAUAGUAACACAGUGGCAACUGAGACACCCAAUGGCCUGUCUCCCUGACUGCAGGCGAGCUGGGCAUCUCAGCCAAUCAAAGAGCUGGGGAAGGACGGUGCGCCCUCCCCCGAGUUGGAAUAUGUAUGGACACUUGGCGUGCCAAUCAAUGAGUCUGGUUCACCAGGACAUGCUGACAUUUCUCCUUACUGCCAUCCAAUAUUACUGUGGUCGUUGUGUUUUCAUAUUGCUGAUAAAAAUCAUGUUAACCUUUUUGAAUUUAAUUUAUUUUAUAUUGCAUCAUUAUUGACCUGCAACUCCAUCAAUGCAUUUAAACUUGUAUAGUCUGUGUAUAUAUGAUUGAGCAUAAGUGUGUGUGUGGGAACACACUCCAUGUCCAGUCUGUCGGUGGCCUUUAAUGUUCUAAUCAUGUGCGUGGUCUGUAUGUGUUUCUAUGGCUGUCUGAUACUGUAUGCCGGAUGGGAAUUGAUCUGUCCCUGAGAGAUAUCAAUGAUUGUAUUUUAAUUACUAACUACGUCCUUAGCUGGUGAGGAAAAUAUAUUUUGCACUGUAGGAUA